UAAUAUGGCGACGAUAGUCCGCGUAAAACGACGGCGUGUUGAGGAACCAGUUGAAAAUAUACUCGUUUCUUGUAAAAGGAGAAAAAAUGACGAAGAAGACUGUGAAUUGCAGAGUAAUUUAAAGUUUGCUGGAACUGCCAAAUCACGGGAUGAAGUAUCUAAACACAUUCGUGAUGCUAUCAGAAAGGAAAAGCUGCAAAGAGAAUAUAAACAGCACCAUGUGGAUGUUGUUACUAACACCCGACAAGACCACAAACAGCAGGUGAAGGCAGCAAGAUUUAAGGUUACCUCAAAAUUUAGAGCUCUGGCUUUGGAUAAUUUAGAUCUGGCAAGAGAUGAAACAGACUUUGAGAAUAAAGAAAACAAAGAACCCAAUGCAACUGAAGCAGGUAGCACUGUGUUUGAGUCGGAGAGCAGUGAAAACCAGACCAGCAGUAGUGUGUUUCAGUUGUAUGAUGUAGAGGUGGCAGGUAGCUCUGGGACAUUGCCAACUUAUGAGUCCCUCUUACAGACAUCACAAAGCAGCAGUGGUAUCACCUGUAAUACUGUACCACUAGUACAGGAGCAUGUUCCCGAGUCUAAGGACGAAGAUUAUGUGUAUGACUUGUAUUUUACAAACAACAGAGAUUUUAGCUUCAAACUUCUAGAAAGUGCAUUGACGAUUGAGGCAUUUGGGAAUUACUUUGUCUAUGAGGACAUGCCACAGCCAGAGGAAGAGGAGGUGUACGAAGAUGAAGAUGAUAGUAACGAUGAAGACAACUGGAGGAAUGAUUAUCCAGAUGAAGAUCCACACUUGGUAGAUAACCAGUUGGAGAGAGACUUUUAUUAUGGUGGUGACAUGAUGGAGCGACAAGCUUUUGCAGCUGCUGGUGAUGAAGGGUUGGCAGAGUGGAUGCACACUCGCUGUAACAUAGAAGAUGGUGAUGAGUUGUCAAGCGAGGAAGAAGAUGCAGCUUACUUUGGUGAGCCUCUUAACAUGAGCAGUGAUUACCAAAGUUACUACCGGAAAGUCCGCAGAGAAAUGGAGGAUGGUGAUGGCUGCGCUCGUCCAGAUGAUGAUGAUGAUGAAAAUGACUGAAAAUUGUUUUACUUAACUUUUACAUCGAAACCUGCCAGUGGACAAAACAUAGUACAAUGUAGAUGUUGUCAUGUAAAACAGUCCCAUCAGUCAGAGUAAUCAGGUUUUAACCAUGCUAUGCCUAAAAAGACUGAAUACACAUGUAACCUACCACCCUUUAUAAGAAUUCCAGAAUUAGAGCACUAAGCAAAUUGGGAUGUACGAGGAAGAGGUGGUUAAAACUUUCUUGUCAAGGUUAGACUUCUGGCCAGAGAUGUUUCAGCACAUUAAAACCAUUUAGCUUUGAUAAUUUAAUAAUUUGUAUUAAUAAAUAUUUAUCACGAGAUUUAAA